ACACGCUGCAUGCAGCAUGAGAAGCAUAAAAAACCAUUCUGGAGAAUGAUAUGCUGAUUCCUCAAACUAAGUUCUAGGAAAUAUUUUGUGAGACAUUGCUGAGCUGGAUCAUCAAAAGUGUAUCAGAUAUCAGUAUGGAAGCCCUGUAAGUGACGAGCUGGAUCGUUAAGUAACAUCCAAAGGGGUGUUGAAUAGGCAGCAGUAGAUCUACUCAAACUUUCACCCCGUCAGUUGGAGAUCAGAUACAGAGGUCAAACACUAAAACUAGUAUAGUAUCAAUUGGUGAACGGCAGGCACGACAACUCGCCAGUAUCAAUUGCAAUGACGGGUGAAGAAACGAAGGGGAAAAUAAUUCGUGUUGGCUCGAGAAAGAGUGAGCUGGCACUGAUUCAAACGAAAUAUGUUAUUACAUGUCUACAAAAGCUCAACCCCGAUGUUGUAUAUGAAAUACAUACUAUGACAACGGUUGGCGAUCGAGUGCUGAACAAAUCGUUGCCGAAAAUCGGUGAAAAGUCUUUGUUUACCAAAGACCUGGAAGAUGCGCUACGCACUGGAGGCGUAGAUUUUGUUGUACACUCUCUGAAAGACCUUCCAACGACAUUGCCGAUCGGAAUGGCGAUCGGUGCCGUACUGGAGCGGGAGGAUCCUCGUGACGCUCUGGUGUUAAACGGAAAGCAUCGAGGAAAAACGUUAAAUACACUGCCGAAAGGGGCCGUCAUCGGAACAUCAUCUCUGCGAAGAUCUGCUCAACUAGCAAGAACUUAUCCCCAUUUGACGGUGUGUGACAUCCGCGGGAACUUGAACACUCGUCUGGCUAAGCUGGAUGCAGAAAGUUCCAAAUUUGCGGGCAUCAUUUUGGCCCAAGCAGGUCUAACAAGAAUGUCCUGGGACAAGCGGAUCGAUCAGACCAUUGAGCCUGCCGAGAUACUCUAUGCUGUGGGACAAGGUGCGUUAGCUGUCGAAUGUCGUUCCAAUGACGAAUAUAUUCUAGAAAUGUUGUACCAGCUCUGCCAUUUGGAUACUCAGUGUAGGAUUUUAGCCGAACGAAGUUUCUUGAAAACACUGGGAGGUGGAUGUAGUGCACCGGUUGCUGUUUGUACAAAUUUGAAACGGAAAAGAGAUUCCACAUUACUCAACAUUACGGGUGCUGUCUGGAGUUUGGACGGUAAAACAGAAUUACGAGCGGAAGAUGGUUGCUCGUUUCAAUUGCUUGAUACCGACGAACUAGAUUUAGAUAAUGGGAACACGCUUCCUGCAAAGAAAACUCGAAUUGCAGAGGAUGUGACCGACAAUGCUAUUGGUGCAAGUCUAUUGACACAAACAAACAUCACAGAAAAACAACGAAAGAGUCCGGAGAUUGUAGAUGAUUCCGAGCCUGGUUGUUCGCAAAUAGGAGAGUCGCUUGAUUUAGCAAAGUUCAUGGCCACUCACGGUGAUAUGUUCCAAAAGUGUCCUUUCUCUGGGGAGAAAAAAGGUUCAAAGGUAGAAAAUACGAUACAGGAAAAAGGACAAGGGGAUGCAAAGGACCUCAGCAUUUGCCCAAGCAGUGCAUUUCCAGUGGGAGUUGAUUUUAUGGGAGAUUGUCCAUAUGUCAGUACCGAACAAAAGGUAGAUCAAUCCGGCCAGGGUGCUCUUAAAUGUCCCAUCAGCGGAAAAUGGAUUAAUGCCAAGCAUGCGGAGCAACAGCCCCUUCAAGAAGCAAGUAUUGAUAAAUGUCCAUUUCUGACGCAACAAGCCAAGAUUCUAGAUUACAACGAGAAUCUACAGCGUGUUAUUGUGACACCUACUUUGGAGGAUAGCAGUGAGAUGCUUUUCUGCGGCAUGUUCCGCCACAAACCCGUUCGACGGGAUAUCUUUGAAUCGGCCGAAAGAUUAGGGCAACGCUUAGCGCAUGACCUGAUAUCGAAGGGUGCGUUGGACAUCAUGAAAUGCGCCCAAAACGAGAUACAUUCAAAGGUUUAGCAAUAUUUUUCUAUUCCUCAUUAGAUUAGUGAAAAUACUAUUGAAAAGGUGUUGUUACUGUUAGUGGUGUUUGUAUGAUCAGGUAUUCAGGGACCAUUUGAUGACAAUUAUUUAGGUACUAGAAAAAUCUUUUUU